GGUGGGUAAACCGGUGCCGGGCUGAACGGAAAAGGGUUAGGAAGAAAGGGGAGAGGUUUAAAAGAAACUAUAUCUCCUCCAAGAUUAAAAAUUUAAAAAAAAGCAAAAAAAAAAAAGCCCCUCUCAAAACAUUUUAAUAAUUCAGACGGACUCACGCGGAAGAGGUCAAAGGUCGGAGGGCGAGGAGCAGCCGUGUCACCGCCGGUGAGGUGAGAGCUGGACACAGUGCCUUUGCUGAAGCAUUGCACAUGCUGGAAUUGCCCGACCCCCUGAUGUAUUCCGGGAUGGCAGCUAGGUGACGGCAGUUGAGGAUGACCCUGACUGAAAAACUGCGCGAGAGGAUAUCGCGGGCAUUCUACAACCACGGGUUGUUGUGUGCUUCCUACCCUAUUCCUAUCAUCCUCUUUACUGGUCUCUGUAUUCUGGCCUGCUGUUACCCACUGCUGAAGCUGCCACUGCCUGGAACAGGACCUGUGGAGUACAGCACCCCUGUGAAGGAUUACUCACCACCCUCUCCAGACUUGAGUCUGCAGCAGGGGGAUCUCAGUGAGCGUCCCGACUGGUAUGUUGGUGCUCCCGUGGCCUACAUUCAGCAGAUCUUUGUGAAAGCUACAGUCUCCCCAUGGCAGAAGAACUUCCUUGCUGUUGAUGUAUUUCGUUCACCCCUCUCCCGCGUCUUCCAGCUAGUGGAGGAGAUCAGAAACCAUGCCCUGAGAGACAGUUCUGGUGUCAAAAGCUUGGAGGAAGUUUGCCUUCAGGUAACAGAUCUUCUGCCUGGCCUCAAGAAGCUGCGGAAUCUGCUCCCCGAACACGGCUGCCUCUUACUGUCUCCAGGGAACUUCUGGCAGAAUGACCGAGAGCGAUUUAAUGCUGACCCAGAUAUUAUCAAAACCAUCCACCAGCAUGAACCAAAGACAUUACAAACAUCAGCUACUCUCAAAGAUCUGUUGUUUGGACUCCCUGGGAAGUACAGCGGGGUGAACCUCUAUAAUAGGAAGCGAGUGGUAUCAUACACUGUCACACUGGGUCUCCAGCGAUAUGAUUCCAGGUUCCUCAGCAGCCUCCGCUCUCGCCUCAAGCUGCUGCAUCCCAGCCCUAACUGCACACUGCGAGAAGAGAACAUUGUUCAUGUCCACUUCAAGGAAGAGAUUGGCAUUGCUGAGCUGAUACCCCUCGUCACCACCUACAUUAUACUCUUCGCUUACAUCUACUUCUCCACACGGAAGAUUGACAUGGUGAAGUCGAAAUGGGGUCUGGCACUGGCAGCAGUCGUGACAGUGCUCAGCUCUCUGCUCAUGUCCGUUGGGCUGUGCACGCUGUUUGGUUUGACACCUACUCUUAAUGGAGGAGAGAUAUUUCCGUACUUGGUUGUAGUGAUUGGCCUAGAGAACGUGUUGGUUCUCACCAAGUCGGUUGUCUCUACGCCCGUUGACCUGGAAGUGAAGCUACGCAUUGCCCAAGGCUUGAGCAAUGAGAGCUGGUCCAUUAUGAAGAAUAUGGCGACAGAGCUUGGGAUCAUCUUGAUCGGGUAUUUCACCCUUGUCCCAGCCAUCCAGGAGUUCUGCCUCUUCGCUGUGGUCGGCCUGGUGUCUGACUUCUUUCUGCAGAUGUUUUUCUUCACUACCGUGCUGUCCAUUGACAUUCGCCGUAUGGAGCUCGCUGAUCUGAACAAACGGUUGCCAGCAGAAGCCUGCAUGCCCCCAGCGAAGCCUGUCAGCCGCUCUCAGCGCUACGAACGCCAGCCAGCUAUGCGACCUGCCACCCCCCACACCAUCACCCUGCAGCCGUCAUCUUUCAGGAACCUGCGCCUGCCAAAGAGGCUGCGGGUCAUUUACUUCUUCGCCAGGACACGGCUGGCCCAGAGACUUAUCAUGGCUGGGACGGUGAUCUGGAUUGGAAUCCUGGUUUACACAGAUCCUGCUGGUCUCCGCACCUACCUCACAUCACAGGUCACCGAACAGAGUCCUUUGGGUGAAGCGGGUCUGCCUGCUAUGCCUGUUCCUGGAGGGGUCCUGCCUGCUGGAGACCCCAAGAUUGAUCUCUCAGUCUUCCCAUCGGACCCUAUACAGCUGUUGGAAAACCAGACGCAGCAGCGUGAGCAGAAGUCAGGGCUGGAGUCCCUGAGCAGGCUGGAAACAAACCAGCACACUUGGGCCCAAGGACCAGAGGGCAAAGGGAGUGGACAGAUGGAGCUUGGAGCUGAAGCAGAGGUUACCUGGGGAGCAGAGGAUGAGGAGAUUUGGAGGAAGCUUUCCUUCAGACACUGGCCAUCUCUCUUCAGCUACUACAAUAUCACUCUGGCCAAAAGAUACAUCAGCAUCCUUCCAGCAAUCCCUGUCACAUUGUACCUGAACCCACAAGAGGCCUUAGAAGUGCGGCAUCCCCAGGAGGCUAACCGCUACCACCCCUUCUUAUCUGCAAGCAGUGGGAAGCUAGACGCUGAAGCUCAGCCUGACCAAGCCUCAUCCAAGCUGCAAGGGCACCAGGAUGUCACUCUUUACAAGGUGGCUGCUCUGGGUCUGGCCUCAGGCAUUAUCCUGGUCCUCCUGCUCUUCUGCCUGUACAGGGUGUUCUGCCCCAAGAACUAUGGGCAGAACGGGCUCUCACACAGCAGGAGGAAGAGGGGGGACCUGCCCUGUGACGAUUACGGCUACUCCCCACCUGAGACUGAGAUCGUCCCCUUGGUUCUCAGAGGUCACCUCAUGGACAUCGAAUGUCUGGCUAGCGAUGGGAUGCUGCUUGUCAGCUGUUGCCUGGUGGGUCAGAUCCGUGUGUGGGAUGCUCAGACUGGUGACUGCCUCACCGUUAUUCCCAAACCGAGGUUGCGAAGAGACAGCAGCGGCAUCUUCGAUUACCAGGAAAACUGGGAUCAUAGUCCAGAUGGCAAGAAUGGUCUGGAUGACUCUUUUGAGAGCGCUCACCAGCUCAAAAGGAUGCUCAGCGCUCCCCAGCCUCUACUUUUCUGUGACCAGCCAGACCUGACGUCUCUCAUCGACACCAACUUCUCCGAACAGGUGAAGGUGGCAGAGUCAGAGACGCGGCUCCGCGCUGUGGGCAGUCGCCAGAAGGAGAGUGGGUAUGACUUCAGCAGCCUGGUGGGUAAGGUGUACGAAGAGCACGGCACCUCCAGCUGCAGGAGCUUCACCGGCCUCCCCGCCCUGCAUGGACAGGCUGGUUUCUGUGAGGGGAGCGGCAGCCCCCGCUCCCUGGGCUGCGGAACCGAGGAGGGAGGCUGCAGCAGCCGCAGAAGGAGCCUGGGGGAUGAGUCUUUCACGGGAUUUGAUAAAACGUUGCUGCUUCCUUCCUGGGGAGGAGACAUGGAGAGCUCUGUCUGGAGCCUGGACCUGCAAGGGAACCUGAUUGUGGCCGGCCGGAGCAACGGAAAGCUGGAGGUCUGGGAUGCUAUCGAGGGGACCCUCCGCAGCAGUAAUGAUGAAGGUCAAUCUGGCAUCACAGCGCUCGUCUUCCUGAACAACAGGAUCGUUGCUGCCCGGUUGAAUGGCUCUUUAGAUUUCUUUUCACUAGAGACACACACGUCCUUGAACCACCUGCAGUUCCGAGGAGCCCCGAGCAGGAGCAGCAUCCCAUCCUCCCCCAUGUUCAGCAGCAGCGACAUUAUCAUGUGUCAGCUCACCCACACCGUGUCCUGCGCCCACCAGAAGCCCAUCACGGCGCUGAAGGCGGCGGCUGGACGGCUGGUCACAGGGAGCCAGGACCACACUCUCAGAGUGUUUCGGCUGGAAGACUCGUGCUGUUUGUUCACGCUGCAGGGUCACUCAGGAGCAAUCACAGCGGUGUACAUCGAUCAGACGAUGGUGCUGGCAAGCGGGGGCCAGGAUGGUGCCAUCUGCCUCUGGGACGUGCUGACAGGGAGCAAGGUCAGCCACAUGUACGCCCACCGAGGGGACGUCACCUCCCUCACCUGCACAACCUCCUGUGUCAUCAGCAGCGGCUUGGAUGAUGUGAUCAGCAUCUGGGACCGCAGCUCAGGGAUCAAGCUCUAUUCGAUCCAGCAGGAGAUAGGCUGUGGCGCCAGCCUGGGCGUCAUCUCCGACAACCUCCUGGUGACGGGAGGCCAGGGCUGCGUCUCCUUCUGGGACAUCGGCUACGGGGACCUGCUCCAGACUGUUUACCUCGGGAAGAGCAAUGAGUCACAGCCAGCGCGGCAGAUCCUCGUGCUGGAGAAUGCUGCCAUCGUCUGCAACUUCGGGAGCGAGCUCAGCCUGGUCUACGUGCCCUCGGUGCUGGAGAAGCUGGACUGAGGAGGGGCAGGUGCUGGAGCCCAGGUGGAGGGAGGCAGGUGGGAUGGGGCACCCAGGCCCCUGCUGCCGUCGAAGGCAGGGGCUGAGGGGACGGGGACACCAGCUCCAUUGCUCUGUCCGCACCUCCGUUGCCUCCCCGCCUCGUAAAGUGGACUCUCAUCACCUGCAGCCUGCAGGGCCUGAGCCGGCGUCUUCAUCCCCACUUCCCCCAUCCUCUGCACGGUCACUGGGGCAUCCUGGGGCUGCGAGGGUGGUGCGGAGGGACACAGGGGAGCCGCAGGGACGGGGGCGCCCAAGGUGCUGAGCUCUGCCCCAGCACCCUGCUCGGUGGUGCCAGCUGCCUGGGGAGGGGCUGCAGCAGGGCUAGUGGGGCAGCGGGGCCUCUUACCUUGGGGCAGCAGAGCUCUGCUGGGCCCUGCUCUGGCUCAGCGCGUUCCAGCUUGGUCACAGCCCAGCCUGGCUGUGGCUGCUCCGCUCACCUGGCACGUGCCACCGGGGCUGACCUCGCCUGGGCACUUGGCUCGGCCUCCAUGUGCCUUAGAGCAGAGGCAGGGCCACAUCCCGCCUGGCCUGGCCACGGGCCUGCCCCGCUGCUCGCAGGCUCUGUGCUGCAGCAGUCCCUGCCCUAUUUAUUUAUAUGCUGUAUAUAUUUAUUUAUUAUGGCAGGAGAGCGCGGGAGCAGCUCGCCCGCCCUCCCUUGCUCCACCAAGCCACAGUGGCAGAGCCAGGGAGUUCAGCCCUGCUCCCGCAUGCAGCUGCCCCUUCCUCCUUCACCCAGCCUGCGGCAACAGCACCUUCCUCCUCCUCCUGCUGCUGCUGUGGGGCCAGAGGCCUCAGGCUGGCAGCCCUUGCCCCAUGGUCCCCGCAGGAGCCGGGCAGGGAGCCCCACCACCGGGCUUCUCCCCCCCCCCGCCACCGCCGGCAGGGCUCGGCCCCCCUUCCCCGGUUGCACUACAGGCCCCACCGCCCCCUCCAGGAAGGGGGCAUGAGCCUGGUGGUCCCAACCCUGCCUGCGAGCAGAGCCGGGGCCGAGCCCGCCGCUAACACCCACUCACCGCCCUCCAGUAAACACCGAUGAUGUCUGUUAAUUGCAGCCUGGUGAUUGUAGAGGCAGCGCCGGGCUGGGGGCAGGCCGGGACCCCCGGCACCGCCGCCCCGCACCUCGGGUGGCCUUAGCCCGGCUGUACGCUUUGUACCGUACAGGGACGCUUUUUGUACCAGAUCGUGUUUUAUAAUGUGUACGAGGACACCUCCAUUAAACAGAACUAACCCGA